UUACUUGAGAGUCAUCUUCUUUCUCUCUUUGGCAUUAUUCCAUCUUUCUUUCUCUCACAAACAUUACAUUUAAGUUUGUGAGAGGAAGAAAGACAAGGUUUCAAGCCUCAUUUAAUUAAUUGCUAAGACAAAAACAAGUUAAAAAAGAAAAAAAAAAUUAUGGGGGCUUGUGCUAGUGUACCAAAGGGCAUGAGGGCUGAGGCAAUGGCAGCUCCUCCACCGGAGCAACCGAAGGAGGAGAACACCACCACUGCCACCACCACCACCGCGCCUGAGGUGGUGGAGGUGACAGAAGGUAGUGACAAUGCCGAGCCAAAGGAGGAUAAGAAGGUGGCUGAAGAGAAAGGUGCUGACGACAAGCACCAAUCUCUAGGAUCUUUGCUCAAUGAGAGUGAAGCAGCCAAGGAGUCAGCUAAAGAUGAGAAGAGCUCAGACAGCAAUGCUGAAACCAAAGAAUCAAAGGAUGAGGAGCUUCCAGUAUCAGAUGCAGCUGUUGCACAACCCUCUUCUUCUUAAUAAAAUAAAAUGCCUAACAUUAUUUGUUGAUGUCUUCAGAGGCAAGCUCAAAUGUGGUGAAAUGGAACAAAACUGUUUUUCAAAUUACCAAUUAAUGAUUACUCAAACAACUAAAUCAUAAAUUAUAAAUGACCUGAUUGUGAUGUUAGUUGAGAAGAAAUAGGAGAGCUAGAAUUUCAAGUAGAGUCCAUGCGCAGGAUGCAUCUGUCAUUUCUUACAUGCUAAGCGAAGGCUUCGAGGGUGAGCAGAAAUUAGAAACUAAUGGCCCUCCGGGUGUGUUUGGUAGGAAGGAAUUUCAAAUUUUCCCAUAUUUGGUUGA